GAUAAAUAUGUUCACGUCGCCAUUAUGAAAAAUUGUAUAAAUAUUUAUUUAAAUAUUAGCGAUUAGUACGAUAGACAUAGCUCCGCAGUCCGCAUGUGUCACGCACUCAAGAAGACAAUGAUGCGGUCAGACAAAACCUGAACAACGGAUAGAACUGGCAGUCCGCAAUGGCACAUCUCAGCUGUCACGAUUUGUACGGUCCCGGUGAUCCGGACGAGUACAUACCGCCCGAAAACCUGGCAAUGGUGUCUACUGGAAUAUACAGAGCUGCCCUGGCGAAAAAAAAGAAUUUUGCAUACCUGCGGCGUCUGGGCUUGCGUUCAAUACUGACUCUUUUCCAGGAGGAUUAUCCUGCAGCCAAUCUAGAAUAUAUGAAGGAAAACAACAUCAAACUUCUGCAAUUUGGGGUGCCGGGAAAUAAAGAACCAUUUGUUGACAUUCCCUCCGACGUUAUCAGAGAUGCCCUAUCUGCGCUACUGGACGUCCGCAACCAUCCUAUCUUAAUCCACUGCAAUAAGGGAAAGCACAGGACUGGUUGUCUAGUAGGAUGCUUAAGAAAGCUGCAAUCUUGGAGUCACACGUCUAUAUGCGAUGAAUACCGUCGAUUUUCUUACCCAAAAUCCAGAACUUUAGACCAGCAGUUCAUCGAACUCUUCGAUAUAUCUGGGAUUCCAUUCGAUAAGCGUUACAAACCUGCCUGGCUUCAGUAGACGGGCAAGAAAAUUCAGUGCAAAUGAAUGCCUUUGAAAAUUUUAUGUAGAUUGAUAGCACGAACAAAAUAUCGCCAAACAAUGCGUAUAUUUGAUAUAAAAAACUAAAGAGCCGACAACGAUUUUAGCAUGUC